AUGACUGCUAGCAUUGUCUCUCCCGCAUUCUCUAAGGAUUUCUACUCAAAAACCCCAAAAGAAGCUGAUGUUGUGAUCAGAAAUGGUGAAAAAGAUCAAGUCUCUUCAGAAAUAUUAGGGGAGAUCAAAUGCUCUGCUGAUCAUUGUAAACACCCAACUAUUCCUGGCUGGUUUUCUGAGCAUUGCCCAAUUUGGCCAGGGCAAGCACACUUUUUAAAAGUAGAGAAAAUAUUAUUUCAAGGAUCAUCCAAGUACCAAAAUAUGAUGGUGUUUCAGUCAUCAGCCUAUGGUAAGGUUUUUGUUCUGGAUGGAGCCUUACAACUUACUGAGAAGGAUGAAUGUGCUUACCAAGAAAUGAUUACCCACCUUCCACUUUGCUCGAUUCCAAAUCCAAACAAGGUAUUGCUUAUUGGGGGAGGAGAUGGAGGUAUCCUACGAGAAAUCUCUCGCCACUCUUCUGUUGAGCAGAUUGAUAUUUGUGAAAUAGACAUGAUGUUGGUUGAUGUGUAUAAGAAAUUCUUCCCAGAUAUUGCAGUUGGAUACGAGGACCCUCGAGUGACGCUUCAUGUUAGAGAUGGAAUUUUAUUUUUGGAGUCUAAUCCGGGAGGAAAUUAUGAUGCAAUAAUAGUGGAUGCAUUCGACCCAAUAAGGCCUGAUCAUGAGCUUUUCGAAACCUCAUUCUUUGAAUUGGUGACAAAAUCUCUCCGUCCAGGAGGAGUAUUGUGUAUCCAAGCAGAAAGCAUAUGGUUUCACUCCCUUGACAUCGAACAACUUGUCCAAAAAUGUCGCCAAAUAUUCAAAGGCUCGGUCGAAUAUGCAUGGACAAUUGUUCCUGCAUAUCCCAGUGGGGUUAUUGGUUUCUUGCUUUGCUCCACCGAUGGCCCACCCGUAAACUUCAAAAAUCCAAUCAACCCGACGGACCCGAAUGAGAGUUAUGGGGUGGCAAAAGGACCCUUGAAGUUUUACAACUCAGAGGUACAUUCAGCAGCCUUUUGUUUGCCAUCCUUUGCCAAGAAGGGUGAUGAAUCCAAAGUUGGUAGCACCAUGAAUGGAGUUGGUACAACUACAACUACAACUAAAGACAUAAUCAAGUGAAAGUUUCAACCAGAUGAAGCAAUUUGAAUGCCAUUUUGUUUGCCAUGUUUUGCACACAA